CUGAAAUGGAAGUCUGAAGUUGUAGUUUUCGAUAAUUUCAUUUCGUACGCCUUGUAGCAUUUUCUUUUAUACAUAAAGGAUAUUGUCCUUAACAAAAUAACAUAAUGGAUGUCUUUUUAAUGAUAAGGCGAAAAAAGCUUACUGUCUUCACUGAUGCGAAGGAAACCACUACAGUAUUAGAGUUGAAGAAAAUGAUUGAAGGUAUCCUAAAGGUAUCUCCUCCAAGUCAAAUGCUGUUCAACAAGGACAGCCAGCUCAUGGAAGAUGAGAAGACCUUGGCUGAAUUUGGCCUGACCUCUAACACAGCAAAGGCUCACUGUCCAGCACCAAUUGGAUUAGCUUUGAGGAAGGAGAAUGGUGAAUUUGAGGCACUGGAACUUACCCCGUAUUCUUCACCCCCCGACUUGCCAGAUGUUAUGAAAUCUCAAGAGACCAAUGGACAGGAACAGAUGGAUCAACAUUAAACGAAAAACGAGGCUGUGAUUCGGACGUAGACGAUACAGACACCAACUUUGUAUCAUAACGAUUUUGUAUAUUUAAAAAAAAAA